AUGAAGCGAUUCGAGGAACUUGUGCGGGCUGGGGCCACAGCACUACCCCGGCUGGCCGUUGAGCCCAGAGGCCUGGAGAGGCUGGCCGAGGCGCUGUCUCGCCUACUCCAAGAGGCGGCCGACGCAGCGGGCCGACGGCCCAGGAAGAACGCGAGAGGCACCCCAUGGUGGAACGAUCAGUGCCGAGAGGUCCAGACUGCCCGGCGGGAGCUGCGCCGGGCGGUACGGCGGGGUAAGAGACAUUUCUGGCAGACUGUUCUAGAAGGCGCCGAGAGCAACCAGGAUAUCUAUAAGAUCAUGCGGUGGUCGAGGAAACCGAGCCCGUUCCGGGCCCCGCCUAUACAGGUAGGCGACCAGGUCUUCGAGACCCAGACGGAAAAGGCAAACGCGCUCCGAGUCGAGAUCCUAGAAAGGCGCGGGGCCGCGGACGACAUCCCGGACCCCUGGGCCCCAGAGGUGCUGGCCCCAGGGAGGACUCUCGACUGCAGCGUCACGCUCGCGGAUGCGGCAUGCGCCUGCACCUCUACGGGCAACACCUCCCCGGGGAUCGACGGCAUCACGGUUCGAAUGCUGCGUCGCGUCUGGAACCACAUCGGCGAGGCGGGCGCCUUUGACACGGUUCUGCGGAACCGGCUCCUCCUACGCCUACGGGAACAGGGGGAACCGAACUCGCGCUUCGGCUACGCAGAUGACGUGGCCACCCUGAUCCGGGGCCGGUCCCUACAGGAGACGGCCGCCCGGGCCACGCGCGCCGCGGGUGAGCUCAUCCAGUGGGGAGCCGAUAAUGGCGUAGUGUUCGACCCGGGCAAGACAGAAGUCAUCCACUUCACGAGACCGAGAUACAAAGGGGACCUGCCGUCGGUCUGGCACGGGUCCGUAGAAAAGGAGCCACAGCAGGACCUGCGCUGGCUCGGCGUCUGGUACGACAGAAAGCUCUCAUUCCGCACGCAUGUGGAGAAGUGGGCCGCGAAGGCGAUGACGGCCGCAGGGUUCCUCCAGAACCUCUCAAACACCCGGCGCGGAAUCCCUCCCCGGUCGACACGGCAUGCGGUCACGGCCUGCGUCCUCCCGAUCCUUUAUACGGCGCCCAUGUAUGGUACCCGGGGCGCUUCGGCCUGUGUGGGGACUGCCCGCUUAGUUCCGUCGCGGAUCACCUACCUGAAGAAUAGGAUCCAGCUGACCUUAAACGUCGCGAUGCGCGCCAUCGCGCCCGUCUGGUGUACCAUGCCCAUUGUGGCCCUCCACCGAGAGACCGGGAUCCCCCCUGCCACGCUGCUCCUCGCAGACGCUCAGAGACGCGCCGCGGUCCGUCUACGCUCCUAG